GCCCUCACAGUUCUGGGCGGGGACUUCAACUACGUCGCGACGCAGGAGGAUCGAAUGACACUGGCUACGCAACGCCCGAGUGGCAGGCGCGAUGCGGGCGAGGAGGCGCACUUCCAGGCUGCGCUCGGUCGCCGGCACGGGCUCCACGAGCUCUCCCAGGGAGAACACACCCAUGCUGCUGCAGGAUCCCGAGCCCGGCUGGACAUAAUAUACAUGAAUUUCCACGCCGCGGAGCAGCUCGACCGGCUGCUCAUGUUCAAGGCCACGAUGAAGGAGGUCGCCUUCCGGCUUGACACCGACGUGGGCCGACCGCCUGCCGCGACAGACCUGGAGGACCGGCUCGGCGUCACGAUGAAAUUUGUGAGGGCGGUGGAGCAGGGUCUGGCUGGGGCAAUCUCGUCCUGCCUGGAGCGCUACCCGCACUUGGCGGAUUUGAUAGACAAUCCUUACGAUGUCAGCGGCAAUCUCUCCCUUCGCUUGCACGCGGCUAAGAGGCACGCCAUUGCCCUCGCCAGGGAGCACGCUCUGGACGAGCUCAACAAGUCGCACGAGGACCUCGCCGGCCCCGACCCGCGGCUGGCAUCGCAGGCCAGGCAGGAGAACGCUCGCCUCCUGCAACGACUCGCUCCUGGCAGGGCUGCGGGCUUGUCAGCAGUGAUGGCGAACAACGGGCAAGUCCUCACCGAGCCCGGGGCCAUGGCCAAGGAGCUGCGCCAGCACUGGGCGCGGGUCUUCACCGCGAGAGGUGACGACGAGCAGCUGCUGGAG